UUUCCAGGUCACUCUCAACAUGGAGAGUGGAGCGGGGAAGCACUGGACUGAGGAGGAGGUUAAAGCCUUGCUAAGCAUCUGGUCAGAGAAAAGCAUCAGGAAGCAGCUCCACGGCACCCUGAGGAAUAAAGGAAUAUUCAUCUACAUUGCCAAAAGGCUGCAGGACUUAGGAGUUUGCAGAGAUUGGAAACAGUGCCGGGCAAAGUACAAAAACCUGAAGUAUGAAUACAGAACGGUUAAAUACGCCCGCAACUCCGGGGAUGCCACUAAAACCAUGAAGUUUUUUCAUGACCUGGAUGCCAUACUGCGAUGCGAACCUGUCGCACACUUGGCCGCCGAGGGGAACAGCAGGUGCUCUGCCACCGAGACGCGGCUCAACGCCAGCCCCGCCGCAGACAGCAGCCAAGGUGAAUUAUCAGUUUCUUUAGAAGACGAUGAGGAUGCUCCAGGAGAUCCACUACUUUUUAUGUCACAUGUCAGACCAGUUCAACUAGGUAAUCCACCGCCAGCAGUAGAGGCUUCCAAAACACCGGCUUUCAUUCCAACAGUAGCAAACGAAGGAGGAAAACACUGGACUGUUAAUGAAGUCAGAGCUCUGAUACACAUAUGGUCAGACAAAAAUAUCCAGCAACAACUGGAGGGGACAGUGAGAAACAAAAGAAUAUUUGAGCAGGUUGCUGCUAGACUUCAAAAGUUCGGAAUUGACAGGGACUGGAAGCAGUGCAGGACAAAAUAUAAAAAUCUGAAACAUGAAUACAAGAGCAUAAAAAAUGGCCAAGACUCAGGGAGUACAAGUAGAAGCAUGAAAUUUUUUAAUGAACUGGAUGCUAUUCUGGGGCACGGUACCAUGGAACAAGCAAGUAAAUCAGAUAAUGAGGAAAGUGAGAGGCCUCCAGAAUGGACAAAAGCAAAAUCAGGAAAGGACUCCAUGGAAAUACCUGGAGACACAGGUGAAGAGGACUCUGUUAGUAAUUUGUCUGAAGACCUACAGGUUGCAGAUAUAAAGAAAGUUUCUGACUCAGAUGAUGUUACUGUAAAUACCUCUCCAGAGAAUCUGGCAGCUUUUCAUAUAAGGAAAGAAACAGCUAUGACAAAAAUCCUUGAAGAUGAGGAGGACUUCAGCAAUUCCACCCUGGCAGCUCUAGAAGCUACACAAAUAAAGAAGGAGACGAUUGAUAUAGAUGAUGAUUCUAUAAGCUCUACCUCAGAAGACAGAUCAUGUACGCCACUAGCAAAACAGAUAGUUGGGACAGAUAAUCAUAUCCCCUUGGAAGAAGCACAGAAUCACUUUAAAGUUAUUACAGUUAAUGAUACUGGAGCAGGAAAACACUGGAGUGACAACGAAGUCAGAGCUCUGAUAAAUAUAUGGUCAGAUGAAAAGAUACAGCAAAUGCUUGAAGGGGCAACAAGAAAUAAAGAAAUAUUUGAGGAAAUUGCCAGAAGGUUAAUGAAACGUGGAAUAGACAGAGACUGGAAACAGUGUCGCACGAAGUACAAGAACCUAAAAUAUGAAUAUCGUGCACUGCAGAAAGAAAAUGAACAUCUUGGUAAUCCCAGGAGAAAAAUGCGAUUUUACGACGAAGUUGACUGUAUCUUAAGAAGACAGCCUCUAGGUCCAUCAAGCUGGGGAUGUGAAAGUUCAAGCCUCCUGUCAGUUUCAGUGGGAGAUGUUACAGCAAACACAGGAUCCUUGGGUAUCAAGAGAAAAACAUGGAAUGAUGAGAUGUCACCCAUUCCACUUAAGAAAAGUGCUUCUGAAAACACCAUAUUCCAGUUUCAAAAACUAUUAACAGAGAGAGUGAACACAGUAACAGAAGGCAAAAAGUUACUGUUAGAAAGGCUUUGUAAGCAGGAAGAAAUGCAAGAUCUCAACAGAACACAGCUGUAUGCUCAUCCAUCAGCCAUGCAACAGGUGCCUGUUGCUGCUGCUGCCGCCGCCAUGGCCCCCGCCGCCUCAGAACUGAAACUUGGUAAAAAGGUUAAUGAAGGUAAAACGAAAGAAGUGUACGAGUUGCCAGAUAUCCCGGGAUGCGUUCUGAUGCAGUCCAAGGACCAAAUAACGGCAGGGAAUGCUGCCAGGAAGGACCGGAUGGAGGGGAAGGCUGCCAUCUCCAACACCACCACCAGCUGCGUGUUCCAGCUGCUGCAGGAAGCAGGAAUCAAAACAGCUUUUGUCAGGAAACAGAGUGACACAGCUUUCAUAGCAGCUCAUUGUGAAAUGAUCCCAAUUGAAUGGGUCUGCAGAAGAAUUGCUACUGGCUCUUUCCUCAAAAGAAACCCUGGUGUCAAAGAAGGCUAUAAGUUUUACCCACCCAAAAUUGAGAUGUUUUACAAGGAUGAUGCUAAUAACGAUCCGCAGUGGUCUGAGGAGCAGCUAAUUGAAGCAAAAUUCUGUUUCGCUGGACUUACUAUUGGCAAGACUGAAGUGGAUAUUAUGGCUCGUUCUACUCAAGCUAUUUUUGAGAUCCUGGAAAAAUCAUGGCAGCCCCAAAACUGCACUCUAGUGGACCUGAAGAUUGAAUUUGGUGUUAAUAUUUUGACCAAAGAAAUUGUUCUUGCUGAUGUAAUUGAUAAUGAUUCAUGGAGACUGUGGCCAUCAGGAGACAGAAGCCAGCAGAAGGACAAACAGUCCUAUCGAGACCUGAAGGAAGUGACUCCUGAAGCAUUACAGAUGGUUAAGAGAAACUUUGAAUGGGUUGCAGAAAGAGUAGAGUUGCUUCUGAAAACGAAGAGCCAAGGUAGAGUUGUAGUACUGAUGGGAUCUACUUCUGACCUUGGCCACUGUGAGAAAAUAAAGAAGGCAUGUGCAACCUUCGGAAUUCCUUGUGAGUUAAGAGUAACCUCUGCUCACAAAGGGCCAGAUGAAACUCUGAGGAUUAAAGCAGAAUACGAAGGAGAUGGAAUCCCAACUGUGUUUGUUGCAGUAGCUGGCAGAAGCAAUGGUUUAGGGCCAGUAAUGUCUGGUAACACUGCUUACCCUGUUGUCAACUGUCCUCCCCUCUCAUCUGACUGGGGUGCUCAGGAUGUGUGGUCCUCUCUCAGGCUACCCAGUGGUCUUGGCUGUCCCACUACUUUGUCACCUGAAGGAGCUGCUCAGUUUGCUGCCCAGAUAUUUGGGUUAAACAACCACUUGGUGUGGGCCAAACUGCGAUCAAACAUGUUAAAUACAUGGAUCUCCUUGAAGCAGGCUGACAAAAAAUUGCGGGAGUGCACCUUGUAAGUCCAACAAGUAACUCUUACUAUCUACACAAAGAUAAGGGCGUGCAUAUGCAUCAGGAUUUGCAGUUGGAUGACGUGGGAAAUCUUUUCUUACAGAAGGAAGCAUCUUUAGAGCAACAGAUAAGUCUGCUAUGUCCUCAUCCCUCUCUUGUGUAUGUUUUUCUUUUUUAGUAUCACCACUUAGUAAAAGAUGAAAAGAUAAUAUUUUAGUUAUCUUUCUGUUGUUCUGAAAUAGUGCUGUUCUGCUCUUUAGUGUAUACUGUUAACUACGGAUGAUAGUUAUGUCAACAUAAUGAUUUGGUGUGAUUUAAAUAGAAAUCCACUUGUUUUCUGUUUUUUUUUCUGUAAAGAUAACAUUCUUCCAUAGAAAUAAUGUAUGUCCAGAAGCUUGUUAACUCAAUGGGACUGCUAACUAAAACUAGUGCUGAUACUGUUCUGCUUGUAAUGAUGGUAUGCUUUCUUUUAGCAAUAAAAUGGCAACAUAUGCUGUAUUAAUAAGAAAAUAGGCUAAGAAUAAGUAAGAGCCUGAAAGAAAUAAUUGCCUUAUUUAAAAAAAAACAUAUAUUUUUUCAUGUGUACGUGUGUGUAUGUAUAUACACCUCAUCAAUAACUAAUCAAAUGAUUUGAUAAAAUUAACAGUUCUCUUGUUCGUGACAAGCUCUAAUUUUGAAUGGAACCGUAACUGGGCUUGUUGCCUACAUGCUGUAUAACUCUUGACUAGUCCAGUCUUUGCCCUUUAAAUAUUAGGCAGAUUGCCCAUGGACAUACGUGACACUGUCAAAUUAUCCUCAUACACUUCAAUGUAUCUAUGCUCCCUCAGUCUUUGUUUCUGUGGGAAUUAUACUGAACUGAAGGUGGGAAUAAACAGUAAAGCAGCAAAAUACCAGGGAAAGCCUAAGCAUGACUGUCUUGUCUUUGCACACAACAUUCUUCAGAGUAGGUACUGAUUCCAAGAAAUAUGCAAUUACUCAAUGUAUGUACAACUUAUGCUUUUAUAAUUAAAUAAAACUAUUGAAUUCAAAGUUGCUUCAUGGAGACCUGGUAAGAUACUCAUACACUAAGUCAUCAGCUCUUAAGCUACAUGUAAAAGAAGCUUAUGCAUUAAAGCAGCAUAAAAUAGUA